AUGAGGGAGGAAGUCAAGGGAGCGACUUCAGGAUUGCAUGGAAGUGGUAGUGCGAAUGGGGGAGGUUUUGAAGGUGCGAUUGAGGGUGGUGUGAAUGGGGUUGAUGUGAACGGCGCCCCAAAGAGGAGGAGGCGCGCCACCACUGCAGGGAAUGAGAGCACGGCAAAGAGAAGUGUGGUGCGGCGGAAGAGAACGAGUAAGCUCGUCGAAGAUGCCAAGCCGGGGGAUCAGCCGGCAGAUGCGAGUGGGGAGUUGGGAGCUUCGGACUCAGACAGUGAGGCACUGGCGGCCGUUGGGACCGCAAAUGGGGCGGGUGCGAAUGGGGCCAAAGGAGUUGGCGCUGAUGUGAAUCGUGUCAGUGUGAAUGGGGCUAUCGCUACUGAGUCUGGAGUGAACGGGCGAAAAAGGGCUGUGCGGAGGCGGAAAGCGGUGGAGACGGAUUCGGAAGACGAAAGCGAGGCGUUCGUAAGGGGAGGGAAACAGUCGGAGUUAGAUGGUGAAGUUGAGGGGCUGAAGACUGGUGUAAACGGGCAAAGGAAACCGGUCCGGCGGAGGCGGAGGCCAGUAAAGGAGGCUGUGAGCAGUGAUGCCGAAACGGACGGUCUGCGCAGCUCGGGCGAGGAGAGCGACGGUUUUUCUGACAUCCUUUUGGAUGACUCGUCCCAAAACGGGCAUGAGAAGGUGGAGAUGCUGUCGAGCACAAGCGCCAGGGAAGGCAUCUAUGACGAGAUUGGGGGGGACUCGGAGGAGGACUCGGACCCCCCCGAAACAGAGGUUGGGUACGGAUUGCCCCCCUCCCGGUCAGCAAACGCCCCCGUCCCGUCAAAGCCGCUCCUGCCUCCGCCAAAACCGACCCGGAAAGCGCCUGAGCCCCGCUCCCGAACCCCAAAGUCUCCGGCUAGCUUCGUUAAGGAAAAGCUGCGCCAGGGUUUGGCGGUGGUUUCGGGAAACGCGGGUGCCGACGGCGAGAUCGACAACUCGAUUGACCCGCACCGAUUAGUCCGGGGGGAGCUUGUCGUGCAUAAGCGCGUGGGGAUUGGGCGGUUCCGGGAGCUGCGAACGGAGAAGGUGGAGGGCCGCGCACAACCGGUUUUGUUUGUGUAUUUGGAGUAUGCGGACGGGUUAGCGAAGCUGCCGGCGCAUCAGGCGCACCGGCUGCUCUAUCGGUACCGUAGUCCCGGUCUUGAGGGCAAGGAGCCGGGUCUGAGUAAGCUAAAGGACCGGCGCGCAUGGGAGCGGCGCAAGUCGAAGGGGCGUGCUCACAUUCAAAAGAUGGUCAUCAACAUUCUGAAGCUGUACCGCCUCCGAGCUGCCGUCUCGCGAUCGCCGUACCCGCCCGACGGCGAGGCGCAGGCGCGCUUCGAGUCCACGUUCAGCUACGAGCCGACAGAGCACCAGCAACAGGCAUUUGACGCGGUGCGCGACGACAUGUGCAACAGAAGGGUGCCGAUGGAUCGCAUUGUGUGCGGUGAUGUCGGCUUUGGCAAGACGGAGGUUGCGCUGCGGGCCGUGUUCCGGGCCGCCAAUGCGGGUCGCCAGGUCGCGGUCCUCGCCCCUACGACGGUCCUCGCGAAGCAGCACUAUGACGUCAUCCGUGAGCGGUUCAAGGACUUCCCCGAGAUCACCGUUACGAUGCUCAGCCGGCUGGCGGGGGAGAAGGAGAAGCGGGCGGGGCUGGAGGGCAUUGCGAACGGGGAGGUGGACGUGGCGGUCGGGACGCACGCCCUGCUGGGCGAGAGCGUGCGCUUCAAGGACCUCGGACUGCUCGUGGUCGACGAGGAGCAGAGGUUUGGCGUGCGGCAGAAGGAGAAAAUGAAGAAUAUGAAGACUGAGAUUGACGUGCUGACGCUGUCGGCAACGCCGAUUCCCCGGACGUUGGAGCAGGCUACACGAGGCCUCAAGGACCUCAGUCUCAUCACGACUCCUCCCCCUUCGCGGCGACCAAUCAAGACGCACCUGCAGCAAUUCGACGAGAAGCUAGUCGAGUGGGCGAUCGAACAGGAGCUAGAACGAGGGGGGCAGGUCUAUUACAUCGUGCCGAGAAUACACGGCGGGAAGACCGUAUACUCGCAGAGCAUCAUGGAUGUCCAAGAAGAGCUCAAACGGAAGAUGCCUGACGUCACAGUGGACAUGGCGCACGGCCAGAUGUCGGGCCCCGAGCUCGAGCGGGCGAUGCGCGCCUUCCGUGCGGGCCAGACGCAGAUCUUGCUCUGUACGAGCAUCGUCGAAAGCGGGCUGGACAUCCCCAACUGCAACACAAUCAUUAUUACGGAAGUCGAAAAGUUUGGGCUCGCCCAAAUCUACCAGCUGCGGGGGCGCGUGGGGCGGUCAAACGUGGAGGCGCAUGCGUACCUGUUGUAUUCCGUGGGGAACAGAGAAGAACUCAGCCCGCCGGCCGAGUUACGGCUGCAAGCGCUGGAGGAGUGCGUGGACCUGGGCGCCGGUGUCCACGUGGCGCAACGCGAUUUGACGAUCCGAGGCACAGGGGAGGUGUUCGGGGAAAAGCAGAGCGGGAAGCUGUCAACGGAGAUUGGCGCGGACCUAUUUAACGAGAUGCUGUUCGACUCGCUGUACCGGGCACAGACGGAAACGCUGCCCAAAGUGCACUUUGAUGACGUCAAGGUCGACUUCGUGGUGGAUACGUUGGUUCCCCACGAUUACAUCGACUGCACCGAGGGGCGCGACCAGUUCCUGAAAGACAUGGAGAAAGCGGCGCGGGGUGGCGUCGAGUCGGCGAACGACUUCUAUCUAGAAAUGGAGGAGCGCCUGGGGCCGCCGCCGCCGGGAGCCAAGCGGCGGCUCCAAAUGCUGGUCAUGAAGCGGCUGGCUGCGGACCUGGGCAUCACGCGCAUCCGGACGCGUCCGAAGUUCAUCCUCUUCGAGACGAGCAUGUCCAUCGGCGCGUUCCAGAUGCUGUUCGACGCCAUCGACGAGGAGAAGGCGGUGGACAUCAAGAACAACCUCAUCUACAAGGAGGGCUCCGCCGGCUUCUUGUUGAAAAGCCUGCUGGGGCUUCCCCCCGAGAAAGAGGCGCAGGACGCCUUCGAGUGUCUAAUGGAGAUGUCGAAGGGCCUCGACUCCUUCAUGAACCUGGACCGUUCCGCAGACUCCUAAUGCUUAAUCAAAGCACAAAUGCGCAGUGCAUGUCCUUAGUCACCCUCAACUUUUGUGAAGAACGACACGGGAACAGUGGCCGUAGCAAGUCGAAGUCUGCUACUGCAGGGUUGAGGUGUUCGCGUAUGUGCUGUUGCUUCUCAGCAUUAUGCAGCCUGCAUCACAGGGGCCACCCCUUAUGUGCUUGAUCAAGCAUUUUCUCCUCAUGCGGCCAAGACUCAAUGGAACAUUCGACGGACGCCGGUGGUGCAUAAGAAGCGGAGGCGAUACGUGGCUGUGCGCAUUGUACUUGGUUAUAUACUUUGGGAAUACUGAUGAUUCGGGCUUUGAUUUAGAGCUACCUUGUCC